CAGUGUGUUAUAGCUACAGUUGAUCAGGGUCUUGCUUUCCCACAACUAGAUCUCGGGAAGUACUGUUGCAGACUCUGGUCAUGUUCUUGCGGAUCUUCAUUGUAUUGCAUCUUGGUCAAUUAGUACUGACUAAUAUAUUGUGUAUAAACGUACGUUUUACGAGAAUACAACAAGUUUUCAUGUCGCAUCUUCGAAACACCACAGCCAACACUAGAGCUGAUUGUAGCGUCCAGUGCUUGUCUGAACCUAACUGUGGCGCAUUUACAUUCACUGAAGUUGGUGGAACGUGUUCAAUGCUCCUUGAUGAGACUGGGUCAUCCGCAAGCUGUGUUAAAGGACAUGUGUACAAGUCAAAUGCUGGUACAAUGCAACAUGACGAAAUCGUUCGACUUGUUCCGGGUCCCCAGUCUGGCCGUCUUGAGAUUAGGUACCAGUCUGUAUGGGGAACAGUCUGUGACGACCUAUUCACUGAUGUUGAUGCCAGAGUCGUCUGUAGAGAACUUGGAUUGCCCUCAGACAACGCAAUACCGAAGGCUUCUGCUUACUAUGGUCAAGGAAGUGGCCCAAUACAUCUGGAUGAUGUAAAUUGUGCUGGGAACGAGGCAUUUCUGAGCCAGUGUUGUCACCGACAAUGGGGCACUCACAACUGUAUUCAUGGUGAAGACGUCAGCGUCAUCUGUCAGUAACUGCCUGGAUACAUCACCAGCAUGGUACAGAAACAAGUGAUGCCCUACGUCACACAACAGUUCUAUUUGACUGCAGUAAUUAGAACCAGAGGCACGGCUGGCCUAAUUGUCUCAUGCGACAGUCUCUACACAUUGGUUUUUCAGUUAUAUAAAAUAUGGGGCAGUGGGGUAGCCAAGUGGUUAAAGCGUUCGUCACGCCGAAGACCCGGGUUCGAUUCCCCAUAUGGGUACAAUUGGUGAAGCCCAUUUCUGAUGUUCCCCGCCGUUAUAUUGCUUGAAUAUUGCCAACGGCGGCGUAACACAAUACCCACUCACACUCACUAAUAAUGCACUGAUCGUUGGUUCGAAUAU